UACGAGGUCGUGGGCCACGACAUGCAGCUGCUGCGCAUCCAGAUGGAGCCCGGCGACAAGGUCGUCGCUGAACCCGGGGCUAUGGUAUACAUGCAUAGCGACGUCCAGGCGGGCUGCGACAGCAGCGACUGCAUGGGCCGCUGCUGCUCGGGCAGCCCCUGCAUCAUGGGCACCUUCGAGACGCCGGACACCGGUGGCUACCUCGGGCUCACGCCCGUGAACCCCGCGAAGGUCAUCCCGCUGGAGCUCGGCGGCCGGUCGUUCCUCGGCAAGGACGGGGCCUACUUCGCGUCCAUCGGCGACGUCGCCGUGGGCUACGACUGCGACUGCAACCCGGCCACGUGCUGCUGCGGCGGCCAGGGCCUCGUCCGCCAGAAGAUCUCGGGCAACGGCAUGGCCUUCCUCGGCGCCAUGGGCGUCCUCACGACGAAGACCCUCGCCGAGGGCGAGACCUUCGUCGUCGACUCGAACUCGCUCGUGGCCUGGGAGGAGACGGUGAAGUUCAGCAUCAAGCGGACGGGCGGAUGCCUGACCUGCUGCUGCUCCGGCGAGGGCAUGUUCAACACGACGCUCGAAGGCCCGGGCACGAUCUUCACGCAGUCC